AUGAUCUUGUUCAACAAGGCCAAUUGCCAGGCAGUGGCGUUAGCCCUCAACAUGCUGGGAUGGAUCUUUACCAUGGUUUCCAUGGGUCUGCCUAAUUGGCGCACAUGGUACAUAGAGAGCAGCCCUGCACCCCCCUGGGGGCUGGCCUAUGUAGGGAUGUGGAAGGUCUGCACUUACCAUCCCAAUGGCCUCCAGAGCAGACCCAUAGCGUGUCACCGCUACACCUACAGUGAUGCCUACCUGCCAUUGGAUAUCCUCCUUGCUCAGCACCUGCUGCUCGUCGCCAGCGUCCUGGGGCUGCUGGGGAAAGGGCUCAUGGUCAUGGGCCUGCAGAGAGUGUAUGCAGGACAGCUUCAGAAGGACACCCCCGGCAAUCUGUUCCUUGUUUCCAAAAUCCUGAACAUCAUAGCUAGUGCAUUUAUCUUCAUCGCUGUACUCUGUAACUACCAUGCUGUGCUGAAUGAAGAGGGCAUAGACUUCCCGCCCUCCUUCCACAUCCCCUACAGGCCUGACCAGCAGGAGAUGGGCAGCACCAUGUAUCUGGCGAUUCUGGCUGCAUUCCUAAUGCUGUUGAGUGGGCUGUUUACCAUCUCUUUCCAGCUGCCCCCAAAAGCCAAAUAUACCCCCAAGUCUCUAAGAGUGAAGUUCCCGGUUGCAUAG